CAGAAGCGCGCGCGUCGCGGCAGCCGGCAGCCGAGACCAGCACUGUUCAGGUCGCUUCCCCGCCUUCUCCGUCUGACUUAGGUGGGGAAGACCCAGCUCUCCGGGUGCAGAGAAGCGCUCCCUUUGAGUGUUUUGGCACCAGGCUUUCAAGAGCAGUAGGUGAGGCACCGAGUUUCGACCUCCAAACUCUGGCACGUCCAUCUUUCUCGCAUUGGAGGACUUCUCACCUGCUGGUUACCCUUAACACGUGUCCAGUCCCGGAUGCGCAUCCCUUAAAGUUAUUAGCUUAUAAGCUCCCUGAGCACCAGUGCCCAACACAAUAAAGUCUAUGCAGUUCUUUUAGUUUAUGAGCUUAACAAAUUAACCACCUAAAACCUCCAUUUCUUCAUCAAUAAAAUGGGAACAACAGUUUCGUGACAUUGUGCAGUAGGAAUCUAUUCUCUUUCUACAACUGCUCAAGUUUUGACAUACAAGAUGAAGCAAGAUCCCACAAGAAAUGCUGCCUACACUGUGGAUUGCGACGAUUAUGUGCAUGUUGUAGAAUUUAAUCCCUUUGAGAGUGGGGAUUCAGGAAAUCUAAUUGCAUAUGGUGGCAAUAAUUAUGUGGUUAUUGGCACAUGCACAUUUCAGGAGGAGGAAACAGACAUUGAAGGAAUUCAAUAUAAAACCCUUCGAACAUUUCACCAUGGAAUCAGAGUUGAUGGCAUAGCUUGGAGCCCAGAGACUAGACUUGAUUCAUUGCCUAUAGUAAUCAAAUUUUGUACUUCGGCUAUUGAUAUGAAAAUUAGAUUAUUUACUUCAGAUCUUCAAGAUAAAAACGAAUAUAAGGUUUUAGAGGGUCAUUCAGAUUUCAUAAAUGGUUUGGCAUUUGAUCCCAAAGAAGGUCGGGAAAUCGCAAGUGUGAGCGAUGAUCAUACCUGCAGGAUUUGGAACUUGGAAGGAGCACAAACAGCUCAUUUUGUUCUUCAUUCCCCUGGAAUGAGUGUGUGCUGGCAUCCUGAGGAAAAUUUUAAGCUGAUGGUUGCAGAGAAGAAUGGAACUAUCCGAUUUUAUGAUCUUUUGGCCCAACAGGCUAUUUUGUCUCUUGAAUCAGAACAGAUACCAUUAAUGUCAGCACACUGGUGCUUAAAAAACACCUUCAAAGUUGGAGCUGUUGCAGGAAAUGAUUGGAUAAUUUGGGACAUCACUCGGUCCAGUUAUCCUCAAGAGACAAGACCUGUGCACAUGGAUCGAGCCUACCUGUUCAGAUGGUCCACAAUUAGUGAAAACUUGUUUGCAACCACUGGUUAUCCUGGCAAAAUGACAAGCCAGUUGCAAAUUCAUCAUUUAGGACACACUCAGCCUGUCCUCACUGGUUCUGUAGCUGUUGGAUCUGGCCUUUCCUGGCACAGGACUCUCCCACUGUGUGCAAUUGGAGGAGACCACAAGCUGUUGUUUUGGGUGACCGAAAUAUAAGAUAAAUUUUGUCUUUAGAUUCUUAAACUUUGUAUUUUUAGUAUAUAUUUUGGAAAACUUCUUAUUUUUAUAUCAAAUAGCCUGUAAACUCUAGAAUGUCUCAGUUGUUGCUUUUGUUAAAUAAAAUGUUGAUGGUUUGAAAAAUAAUUUUCCUACUCUCUAUAUUUUUUUAAAUCAUCAUGUAAGACUGUAUAAUUGUCUUAGCAAGCAACUCAACUCCAGAGAAGAGAUGAAUGGAAAAAAAAUUUUUUGAUUUUACUAAAGGAUUAUUUCAAGUAUGUUCUAUCUUUUAUAUUUAGUAUAUGCUCUUUUCUUAAUUCUCAGGAUCAAACAUUUACAAAAGGAGAAUUAAGAUCUUAUUUUUAGUUUUCAUUUAUGAACUUUGGGAAUUUAUUUUGCUUCUUUAAUUCUUCUGAAAGCAGGGGAAUGUAUAUGUGUGUAUGUGUAUGCAUUUUUGUUAGCAAUCUGUGUAUAGGGUGUUAAACUUUCUCAUUAAUUUUAAAGGAUUAUUAGUCAAUUUAAUAUAAAAAAGAUUUUCAAUUUCCUUAAACUAUGACUUGAUUAUGUUACCCUACCCUGUAUACCAUAUGUAGAUUGCUUUGGUCUGGACUUCUCAGCGCUCUUAGAAUAUCUGGUGUAAGAGAUAAAACUCACCUGAAAAAAAUGACUUGUGAUUUAUACCUUUAAAACCUCCCUCUUUUAUGGAUCUUCAUCAUUUUUACUAAGAAACAUUAACAUUUUAGGAAUGGUACCUCAUGGCGAACUGUGUUCCCCCGCUGUUAAAAUCAGCAUUUAAGAUAGGCAUGUCGUUUUUAUGACACAUCAUGAUGUAGCUAAAAGUGUAUAAGAUGAUGCUCUGCUUGUCAGUUUGGUAGAGUUAAAUAAAUUUCUAUAAAUUAAGCAUUCCUGCAAGUUACCACACUCACUGUCUGGAGUUUCAUUUCCUCUUGUAAAAUGGGAGAUUGAAAUCAUUGUCUUAUGGAGUUGCUGUGAGGAUUAAAGGUGAAUGGAAAUACCUAGCAUGUGUCCGCCACACCAUUCAGAGAUUUGCAGAUAUUACUGAUUUAUUUCAAAGAUGUAUAAUU